AUGAUUGCAACUGUGGGUGCUAUCAUUGUGAAUAAUUUGUCACAGGAAAUUAGGGAUAGCAAAUAUUUCAGUAUUAUGUCUGACGAAGCAGCUGACAUAUCAAAUAAAGAAAAUCUUUCUGUGGUGAUCAGAUUUCUUGAUUCGACCAAAACAGUCAGAGAAGAAUUUGUGGGAUUCUACCUUUGUGAGGAUGGAACAACAGGAGCAGCUAUCAAAGAUUUGAUAAUUAGUGCUGUAACUGAUUUAGGACUAUCUAUGAAUGACUGUCGUGGCCAAUGCUAUGAUGGUGCUGGCAAUAUGUCUGGGCGCUUGAAUGGAGCUUCAUCACUUAUUAGGGCUCAACAUGACAAGGCUAUAUAUGUUCACUGUAUGAACCAUAGGCUUAACUUGUGUGUUGCUGACACAUGCCAAUUACCACUUGUUAGAAACAUGAUGGAUGUUGUAAGAAAAAUCUCUGAAUUUUUUGACAAUUCCCCCAAGCGACAGCAGCAUUUGAUCAGCAAGAUUGGAGCACUGAUUCCUGCUGCCAACCACUUUGUUUUGGUAAAUGUGUGUAAAACAAGGUGGAUCGAGCGCAUUGAUGGUAUGGACCGAAUCGUGGAGCUUCUUCAUCCAGUUGUGGCUACCCUUGAAGACAUUUCCAUGAACAGAAAUGCUCCUGGGUGUGGGAACUGGAAUCAUAACAGCAGAAAUGAUGCGCAAGCCCUAAUUAAUGCAAUCACAUUUCCCUUUAUUGUUACCCUUGUUAUUGUGAGACACAUUUUAGACUUAACCAGACCACUCACUGUUAGGCUGCAAAAGAAAGCAAUGGAUCUUCUUAAAGCAAAAGAGGAAAUUGUUCUGUUGAAGUCAGUCCUAAGGGACAUGCAAACUGACAUUGAUACUAGACACCAUGCUCUCUAUGAAGAAGCUGUUACUCUAGCAAGACUUGUUUCAGUGCAGCCAAGCAUGCCCAGGAUAAAUCAAAGGCAAGUUCAUAGAAACAAUGCGCCAGCCCCAACCCCAGAAUACUAUUACAGGAUCAAUCUGACAACAGACUUCCUUAACCAUGCUCUCAUGCAACUGAACAGCAGAUUUGAAGAUGAUGUUUUUGUGUGCUAUAAAGGAUUUUCAGUGAUUCCUUCUAUUUUGUUGGCUACUGACCCCAUUUGGAAGGAUAAUGUUAGAGAAUUUUGUAACCAUUACAGACAAGAUCUUCCUAAUUAUGCAGGUUUAGCAGCAGAGCUUAUGUUGUGGGAAAGAAUGUGGAAGAGCAAAAAUGAUAGAAGAGAAGAGAUCCCUGACAGUAUAGCUACCACCCUAGAACAAAUUGACAAGGGUGCUUAUGUGAAUGUGUAUACAAUACUUCAAAUCCUGAUAACCAUUCCUAUUUCAUCUGCAUCUUGUGAAAGAUCCAUCUCAACCCUCCGAAAUCUGAAGACCUAUUUGAGAAAUGCAAUGGUCCAGGAUAGACUGAAUGGCUUGGCAUUGAUGUAUACCCACAGAGAAAUGAAAUUAGACCUUGAACAAAUUAUAGAUUUAUUUGCUAAUUUACAUCCUAGACGAAUGAGAAUGGAAAAUAUUUUAAAUGAAUAA